AUGAGGAUAUCCUCAUUGACAACUUUUGUAGACACAGAAGCCAGAGCAGCAGCCCUAGUUGCUGAGCUCACAUUGGAUGAGAAGGCCGCAAAUUUGGUCAACAAUGCACCCGGCGUUGAACGUCUUGGCCUUCCUCCUUAUGAAUGGUGGAACGAAGCCCUCCAUGGACUUGCUGGAGUUUCUCCAGGUCAGGGAAUCAACAGUACUUUCACUCAGGGAAAUGUUGCAUUCAAUUCGUCCACUCAGUUUCCAUCUCCCAUGGUUCUUGGAGCGGCAUUCGAUGACCAACUUGUCCACGAUAUUGCAACAGCGGUCAGUACAGAAGCGCGAGCUUUCAGCAAUCAUUUGAAGGCCGGUUUGGACUACUGGGCUCCAAACAUUAAUCCCUAUAGGGAUCCCCAAUGGGGCCGCGGUCAAGAAACACCCGGAGAAGAUCCCUAUCAUGUUGCACAGUAUGCAUAUAAUUAUGUCGUGGGAUUACAAGGCGGCAUCGGCCCAGCCAAACCCAAGGUCGUCUCAACAUGCAAGCACUUUGCUGGCUACGACAUUGAAGAUUCCGAUGGAGUGGUUCGCGGUUCAUACAACGCCAUUAUAAGCACUCAGGAUUUGGCCGAAUACUACCUCCCCAGUUUUCGGUCUUGCUUCCGUGAUGCUAAGGCCGGAGCCGUCAUGUGCAGCUACAAUGCCGUCAAUGGACAUCCUUCGUGCGCCAAUUCUUAUAUGUUGGAAACUGUGCUACGCGAUCAUUGGGGCUGGAAUAGCUCCGCUCAUUGGGUAACCGGAGACUGUGGUGCAGUAGAUGGGGUCUUCAACCAGCACCACGUCGGUCAAUCUGAUGCCCAAGGAGUCGCCCUUGCGCUCAACAAUGGCACAGACUUGGACUGUGGAACAGCGUAUUCUUCAUAUAUCGCAUCGGCCAUUCAGAGCAACUAUACUACAGAAGCUCAGCUUGACCAAGCUCUGGGUCGCCUUUACGGCUCUCUUAUUGUCCUGGGGUACUUUGAUCCACCCGAAGGUCAAGACUAUCGAACUCUAGGAGCUUCCGACGUGAAUACGCCAGCUACGCAGAAGCUUGCUUACACAGCACUUGUCGAAGGCAUUACUCUUUUGAAGAACGAUGACAAUAUCCUACCUAUCCGCCCAACGGGCCAGACGGUUUUAUUUGUCGGACCUUGGGCUAACAAUGCUUCUGUAUCAAUGUUCGGCAAUUACAAUGGGGUUGCUCCUUAUAAGACUAUUCCCGUUCCGACCGCAAAUAGCUCUUCAUACAACUGGAAAGUAACAUAUUCGCAAGGAUUGCAGUAUGUUCUGUCAAAUGAUACGUCACAGUUUGCCGCUGCAGUCAGUGCUGCCCAAGAAGCCGAUGUAGUGGUAUACAUUGGUGGAAUUGACGAGCAGGUUGAAGCCGAGGCUCAUGAUCGAACCUCCAUCGACUGGCCCGGAGCGCAGUUGGAUCUUAUUCAACAGCUAGCAGCAGUGAAGCCUGUCGUCGUCGUUCAAGUGGGCGGUGGCCAAAUCGAUGAUUCCUCUCUUUUACAGAAUGGCAACGUAAAGGGUCUGCUCUGGAUGGGUUAUCCCGGCCAAGAAUUCGGACCGGGGUUGAUUGACAUACUUAGCGGCGUUGCCGCGCCAGCUGGACGGCUACCUGUUACACAAUAUCCUGCGGACUAUAUCAACCAAGUCCCAAUGACAGAUCAGUCUUUGCGGCCAAGCUCAUCCAACCCUGGCAGAACAUAUCGAUGGUAUAACGGCUCGGUGAUACCUUUUGGCACGGGCCUGCAUUACACAGAGUUCAAUGUCUCAUGGGCAACAGGAGGCAGUGGCAAAGGAACAUAUGAUACAGCUGAUUUCACCGAUGUGGAGGAUCCAAAAGACUUGGCCGAAUUUGACACCUUUCAAAUUAACGUAGAGAACAUAGGUUCAACGGCUUCAGACUACGUAGCGCUACUCUUUUUAAAGAGUACAGAUUCCGGACCUCAGCCAUAUCCCCUGAAGACUUUGGUAGCUUAUGCUCGCGCUCAUAACGUUCAGCCUGGUGCGACGACAACCCUCGACCUGAAAGUCAAUGUCGGACAAAUUGCACGCAAUGACGCCAACGGAAAUCUUGUUCUGUACCCCGGCACAUACACACUACAAGUUGACUUAGAGAAUCUCAGUGGGCCAACAGCAGAAUUCCAGGUUCAAGGAGCAGAAACUGUGUUGGACCAAUUCCCUCAGCCAUAG